AUGUGGAAUUCUUUGGAGUCAUUCUACCCGACCUGCGGAGGAACCAUGAUUGCUCCAAACUGGGUCUUGACUGCUGCGCACUGCAUCACGUUCCACACAUACAGAGUGGUUCUGGCCGAGCAUGACAUGAACUCAGACGAGGGACCUGAACAGUCAAUUCGUGUGGAGAAAAUGAUCAUUCACCCAAAAUGGAAUGACAACUGUGUGUCUUGCGGGAACGACAUUGCUUUACUUAAGCUGGAGCAGAGUGCCGUCAUUAAUGACAAGGUUCAGCUGGCAUGCUUACCAAAGCAGGGAGAUACCCUAGCCCACAACCAGUCCUGCUACGUCAUAGGCUGGGGUCGCCUCUACUCCGGUGGGCCCCGAGCUUCUAGACUACAGCAAGCUCUUCUCCCGGUGGUGGGCCACAGCAUCUGUAGUCAGAGCGACUGGUGGGGAGGUUCGGCCAAAACGACCAUGGUGUGCGCAGGAGGAGACAGCAAGUCAGCCUGCCAUGGCGACUCAGGAGGCCCUCUUAACUGUAAAGGCAAAGAUGGCAGAUGGUACGUCCAAGGGGUGACCAGCUUUGUAGAUGGACGAGGCUGUAACACUCCUCACAGGCCCACAAUCUUCACCCGCGUGGCUUCCUUCAUCCCUUGGAUCACGCAGAUAAUGGCCCAACAUUGA